GAAUGCAUACUCAACUUACCACAGUCCAAUAUCGAGCAUUGUUUCUCUUCAAAUCUUUAUUGUCGAUGAAAUAUUUUUACAAAAAUAAUCUGUUUCAUGCCAAAAAGAUAAAUCAGAAAACCCUGAUCUAAAACCCUGCGUUGAGGUUUGAAGGUUCUUAAGUCGGUGAUCUGCCGACCAUGAUUGUAAGCAGGCUACGCUACGUGUCUGCCCGUCUUAGCACCAGGAAUUGGCAAGGAGAGCCGUCAAAAUCUUUACAGGCACUGCGGGGAAUUUCUGUCAUUCGUCGACCAGGAGAUAAAGCUGGGAAAACCAAUGCUACAGACCAACCAGAAAUAGAUUGGAAGGAAUGGGUCACAUCCAAAGUUUCAGGAACUGGAUCUAAUCCUACUGGAGCUUCACAUAGUUUUGGUCCUAGGUCUUCUCCCAAUGAAAGCCAGUUCUCUGUUGAGUCAGCUGAUGAUAUUGAACACCGAUUGUUUGGAGGAUUCAAUGACAAUGAUUCACAGCCAAACUCUUUUUAUCAGAAAUUAGAUAGAAUUGAAAAAGCUCGCAGAAAGGUGAGCUCUAGCUUUGGUAAGGAGGAUUGGGGUGGUGACUUAGGUUGGGAGGGUGAUCGAAUAGGUCUCGACAGUGACACACUGAAUGAUGGGAUGGAUGAUAAACUGAAAAAGGCUGCUCUAGAACAUGAUUAUGGUGCAGUGAGACCAGAUGACGACUACUCCUUUAGGCCUGAUUCUACUUUUUCACCUGGAACUCAGUACAAAGUACAGGAUCUUGAUCUUACAAAGCCAGCAGUUCAAAAGGUCUAUAGGCGAUAUACAUUCCAAACUGCAACAAAGGAGGUCUUGCGGAAAGCAGAUUUUAGGAAUGCUAGAUUCCUUCAAAAUUUUAUCACAGAGGCUGGAAUCCUUUGGCCGCGAAAGAAGUUUAAUAUUAGCGCAAAGGCUCAGAGGAAGCUUGUUCGUGAGAUUAAGACAGCUCGUGCUUUUGGGUUAUUGCCAUUUACUCUGAUGGGAAAGAAGCCAUUUGCAUUUGGUAAAACUAUGGAGGAUCUUGAUGAAGAUUAUAGAUAUGAUACUUAUGCUGAAAAUGCUGACGAACUAGAAGAUGUUUCUGAAAUUGAAGCGCCAGUCCUGAAUGAGGAUUUGGAUAUCCCAGACUUGGGAAAAAGAUGAACAAAAAUGAGAGGGUCUUAAAAUCUUGGAUGUGGGCUAAAGAGGAAAGCCAUCUUGUCGAUCGAUAAGGCAAUACAGCAUUAUGUCAAUAUCUAUUCGACAGUUUAAAUAUAGAGGAUUACAAGGCUCUUGCUAGUAAAUGAUUCUAUUUUGAAAAUCUCUUUGAUCUUCUCAA